GGGGACAGCCUGGGGGGGACAGGGAUGGGGACAGCCCAUGAGGGGGCAGGGACACUCUGGGGGUACAGGGGAACCCUGGGGGUUGUGGGGACACUCCUGGGGGGACAGGGACUGUGCCCCUGAGGUAGAAGCUGGGGAUGGGAGCACCUGGAGAGGGACAGGGACAACCCCCAGGGGGACAGAGACAGUGUUCCCGAGGGCGGUGGGAGGGGGGACAGGGAUCCCCUGGAGGUGACGAAGACACCUCAGGGUGGAUGGGACAAUGUCCCUGGGACCACGGGGGUGGGACAGCCCUGGAGGAGGGGGACAAAGAACUGGGGACCAUGGGGACAUGACACCUCCAGAGGGAUGGGGACAGAUGGUCCUGGGGCCUUGGGGACCGAGAGUCCCGGGGGAGAACAGGGCCAGGGACACGGGGGGGGGGGGAUGGGAAUGAUGUCCUGGGAGCCAUGGGGGUGGGACACCCCAAGGGAUAGGGACAGGGGCAGCCCUGGGGGGACAGGGCCAAUGUCCCCAGAACCACGAUGACACCCUCAAGGUGACAAGAACAAUGUCCCUGGAACUCUGGGGACAAGACCAGCCCAGGACACUGCAGAGAGACAUUCCUGGAGUCUUGGGGCCAUGCAGGGACAGGGACACCUCGGGGACACAGGGACAGCUCAGGGGGUACAGGCCCGAUGUCCCCAGGAGCAGGGACAACCCCUGAGGGAUGGGGACAGAUUGUCCCAGGGCUCUGGGGACAGAACAGCCCCAGGGGGGACAGGGACAAUCUCCCCAGGACUACGGAACGUGACACCCCUGGGGGCACAGGGACACCCUCGGGACAGAUCUGGGGGGACAGGGCUCAUGUCUCCAGAGCAGGGACAGCCCUGGAGGGGUGGGAACAGCCCUGGGGGCACAGGGCCAGCCCCCCGCCCCUUCCCCUGCCUCAGUUUCCCCCCCCCUCGCUGCUUACUCAUCCCCAUCGAUCCUAUCGAUCCCACCGGGGGUGGGGGGGGGGGCAAAACAACCUUUCCCCCCCCCCAGUUUUGAGGCUGGCACUGGUUUGACCCCCCGGCUGUGCAGCCACAAGCCCGGGGUGCUGCGGGGAGGGGGGGACAGCGCCCCUGGGCCCCCCCAAAUCCUUCAGGGGGAGGGAGGGGGCUAAAAAUAAAAUGUGGGAAAGCAGCGCCGGGGGGGCCAGGGGGGUGGGCGAGUGCCAAGGGAGGAGGAGGAGGAGGAGGAGGAGGAGGCAGGACAGACGGGCACAGGCGGGCACAACACCCGCCCUGUGCUCCCGCAGCACCCACUGCCCACACUCUGCCGGGGUCUGGGGGGGACCCCCCAAGCCCCCCCCGGGGGCCAUGGGCAUCCAGGGCAUGGAGCUGUGCGCCGUGGCCGUGGUCAUCCUCCUCUUCAUCGCCGUGCUCAAGCAGUUCGGCAUCCUGGAGCCCAUCUCCAUGGAAGACAACAGCGAUGCCGACGUGGAGCUCCCGACUAUCCGGCACCAACCCGAGGGGCUGGAGCAGCUCCUGGCCCGGACCAACUUCACCAAGAUUGAGCUGCAGUCCCUCUACCGUGGCUUCAAGAACGAAUGUCCCAGCGGCCUCGUGGACGAGGAAACCUUCACACUCAUCUACUCACGGUUCUUCCCCCAGGGCGGUGAGUCGGGGGGCCCCCAAACCUGCCAGGGGGGGUCUGGGGGGGCCCAUCCAGACAAACAGCCCCUGCCAAAGCGGGGGGAGUCACCGUCCCCUUGCCCUGCAGACGCCAGUUCCUACGCCCACCUCUUGUUCGACGCCUUCGAUGCCGACCACAACGGGGCUCUGUGCUUCCAGGAUUUUGCCGUGGGGCUCUCGGUGCUGCUGCGGGGGACAGAGCAGCAGAAGCUGAAGUGGACGUUUGACCUCUACGACGUGAAUAAGGACGGCUACGUCACCAAGGAGGACAUGCUGGAGAUCAUGAAGUCCAUCUAUGCCAUGAUGGGGCCCUGCACCGAGCCCACCCUGCGGGCCAGUGCCCCAGCCCAGCACAUGGAGCUGUUCUUCCAGAAGAUGGACAGGAACGGGGACGGUGUGGUGACCUUCGAGGAGUUCCUGGAGACCUGCCAGGAGGACAAGGACAUCAUGAGCUCCAUGCAGAUCUUCCACAAUGUGCUCUAGACCCUGGGCCUCCCCCGGAGACAGGAGGAGACAAGGACAACGCUGCCACCAGAGCCCCCAGCACGGUGCUGGCACAUGCAAGAUGGACCCAUUUCAGGGGGCUGAGCCCCCCUCGACAAGGACCCCCUGCCCUGGGUGGCAUAGGGACCUGACAUGGCACAAACAGGACCCUGACACCAGGCCCCCCCGGGGUGAGGACCCCCUGAGAGGGGACUCCCUGGGAUGUGGGGACCCCUCAGGGACAGGAUCCCUUGGAGAUGGCACCCCCCAGGGAAGGGACCCCCCGGGACGUGGGGAGUUCCUGAGUGGGGGUCUCCAGGCAUGAAAUGGAGCCCCCAAACACCAACCAAAAGUACACAGACCCACCUCCCCCCUCAUCACUCAGGGGACCCCCACGAGGCCACAGCACCCCCCCAGCACGUGGAGAGGGGGUUGUUUUAUAAAUAAACCAGGCAGUGACGAUU